AUGAAGCUGCUGCACAUAAUCUGCACUCUGCUCACCAACUGUGCCCUGGUCUGGGCAGCCAGUGAGGCAGAGGAGGACGGACGGGACUCAAGAGAGAGUCCGCAUAGUCCAGGAUUCAAGCUGGUAUCCUUUGAUGCUGUGGGCAAACACAUUGCCUUGGGAUUGGACUACUUGUUGCCCUUCCUGGAGGUGCCCGUCAAACGCAAACGAAAUGCACCACCAAGGCCACUGGUCAUCAUCAAUUCUGCGGCUGUGCUCAGCUGCGGACUCGUGGCUGCUGGCGGACUCCUCGUUGGACACUUGAUUCGCAGCAUGGGACUGGACGCCGUCACCCAGGAUGACUCCCCAGCUACAAGUGGAAAGCCAAAGUCCUCGGAGGAGAACACAUCCCCGUCCACACACUCCGACACUCUGGUGUCCAAUGCCACGGCGCGUGGUCUCUCGGAUCGGAGGAAUCGAAGUCUCCUGCAGUUGUUUGAGAAUUUUAGGCUCGUUUACCGCAACGAAACAGGAGAGCGAGUGGAAAGCAGCCUCCCCAGUGUACUCAGCACCGUGGAGCGAACCUAUUUCAAGAACGAGAUCGAUCUCUCCGCUUGCCUGCUCAAGUCCAUUUGUACUCUGACCUUUAAGGCAAGCGACAAUGUGAGGAAGCACCAGGAUCAUGCCUCCGACUUGGAUCACGUGCUGGAUGCAGCCACCAACUGGUCUUGGAUCCUCACCUGGCUGCAGCUGGACUCCACACUUCGAGAGGCCUUCGAGGCUGGCAAGGAUCCCAGGCCACAGCACUGCACCUCCAAGUAUCCCCACUGCAAAUGGGCAGCCCCAGAAGAGCGACUGAUGGAUCUGCUGCAAAACAAUGUCCAGUUCAAGUGA